AUGCAAAUCCGUCUACAAAAAUUUGUAAUCCUCUCUCUCUUCAUCGUUUCCCCAGCAUACGCCUCCUCAGAUUCAUGGUUCAGUUCUAAACCCAAGUCUGAUUCAGCUACCGCUGCUUUCCCUUCCUCUUUCUCCUCCUGGACUCCAUCACAAUAUACUUCAUUCCAAGAAACAUUUGCUUCUCUUCGCGAUAGUACUUUUGACUCGUGGGAUGAAUCUCGUCUUCGAGAAUGGCUUCUCGAGCAGGGUAUAGUCGCACCGAAAGGACCAAAGGAACAAAUUGUUCUUGCAGCAAAACGUCGUUGGAAAGACUGGCAAGAGGCGAAGGAAAAGUACUCUGCUUCCGCCUCCCAGGCUGCAUCUGCAUACAUGUCUGACGCUUCUGCCACUGCUUCCCAAGCUUCGUCAGCUGCGUCGUCGUAUGCAGCACAGGCAACGCCGGACGUUCUACCUGACAGACCAUUCGAUUCUACCAAGGACUACGUUUGGUCCACUUGGGAUGAUACUCAGCUCCGCAAGUUCCUCGUCGAGAACGGUGUGAUUGAUACUCGUACAGCUGCGGGAAAGAAGAGAGAUGAGCUGAUAAAAUCGGCCAAAACCCAUUAUGCGACUGCUUCUGGGAAUGCUUGGGAGACCUGGAGUGACAGUUAUAUUCGCGAUUGGCUUGCUGCACACAACCUCAUUGAUACUCGGAAUUCCGUACAGAUGUCGAGAGACGAGUAUACUGCUCUCAUGAAGUCAUACUACUAUGACAGCAAACAUCAUGUGUGGGACACUUGGUCCGAUAGUGACCUGCGAACAUGGCUCAUCGAUAAUGGUUACAUGAAGAGUGACAUUGUUGCUACCAGAGACAAGAUGUUGAAAAUGAUCCAAGAUAACUUCUACAAUGCCCAAUCUACAUUCACUUCUGCCUGGUCCGAAUCCCAAAUGCGGGCUUGGCUCAUUGAAAAUGGGUAUAUGCGCAGCGAUGCUCAGGUGAAGGAAGACGAAAUGUUAUCGCUCUUUAAAGAAAACACCUCAUCGACUCUAUCCUCAUACAAUGCCCCCUACCUUUCCUGGCCAAAUGCCCGACUACGCGCCUAUCUCCGUGAAUCAGGUGUCUCUGAAAACAAAUUACCUACCUCACGACCCACCCUUCUACAAGAAGUGCGCAUACGCUGGGUACGGAGCGCUUCCUCAGCUGAGCGUAUGCUCGCACGACUCAAGGAGAUUUUGGAUGAUAAUGUUGUUGGGCCUGUGGAGGAUCGGUUAGCUAGGACUUGGGAGGUUUUGAAAGGUGCCGGUGGAGAGUCAAAAGAGUAUGCAGAGGAGAAAUACGCAGAAUCGCAGCAGGUUUUCGAGGAUAUGAAGGGUGGAGCGUAUGAAAAGGUUAAAGGUGAAUUGUAA